GCAGUGGUCAAGUGCAGCUGUGGCAAUUUUUGCUAGAACUUCUAACGGACAGCAGCAACGACAACUGCAUCAAAUGGGUGGGUAACAAGGGCGAGUUCCGAAUGGUGGAUCCAGAGGAGGUCGCCAGGAGAUGGGGCAAAAGGAAGAACAAGCCUAACAUGAACUACGAUAAGGUCAGCCGUGCCAUGAGGUACUACUACGACAAAAUGAUUCUCACCAAGGUCAACGGAAAACGCUACACCUACAGCUUCAACUUCCGGGUCAUCAUGAGAGCCCAGCAGCACCACCACAACCCCACCGACCCUGCAGAGUUCGCCGAACUGUUAACUCUGUUAAAUACGCUACCGAGCUCCACCGGAGUUUCACGAAGCCAGCACAGGAGCACACAUUUUGAUGAAAUCAGGCCCGGAUCAAACAACGUCAGCAACCGUAUGCUUUCCGGUGAAAGUAAUCAUUCAAAACAACACCUUCCUUCCUCAAAUGUACAAUUUUUGGACAGGUAUGGUCCAGUUCAAAAUGGUAUAAAACACGAGGAACAUUUAACUAAGUAUCAGUGCGCCUCACUAAUCUCAGUGAAUGAAGACCAUAAACAAAAUAAAACUCAGUCUUUCAACUUUAAUUCUAAUGGCUCAAGCAACUUGGUAGGAAUAGGAGAGCGGUGUGCGAUGAUGGCUGAUUGUUCCCCAGUUGUUGAUAACAUAGACGUAUUAUCCAAUAAUCUUGGCUUUCAUGAAGUUCCACAGCAAGUGAUGCAUAGCAGAAAUAACAGUCAUGGGGUGGGAACUACAAGUCCGGAUCUGCAAGGUUGUACUAAUGUCUCCAGCAGCUGUUGCUUUUACUCAAGCGAAAACUUGGCCUCGCAGCAAGGGGUGCAAGCUGUUACUAGGCUCUGUACAGCCUCGCCUUCGGACUUUAGUGCGCCAGCAUGUGCUUACGAAAUGAGCUCUCUGACACCAAGCGUGAAAAGGAAACUCCGGGCUUCAGGGAAUGGACUGAAUUCUCCAGUAAGCCCAGUGGAUUUACCAUUCUCAUCAGACCAUAGAGGUUCCGCGCCUUAUCACCGCUUGAGGUCAAAUUCUGACAGCUUUAACCGGCAAGCCUUACAGACUAGACAACGCAAUCUUCCCUCAGAGCCGUGUUACCAGCUGAACAAUGGCAUCGAGGAACUUUUCUCGCAGGAAGGUAAGACAUUCCACACAAAUCCUCACGGUUCCCGCCAAGACAAGCCUCGAGCCUCACCCAAUGAUUACUUUUAUCAAGAACUUUACAAUGAGGCAGCUCAAUUCUUUCAAUCCGAGCAGCAAGAGAAGGUGAGACUAUCGCAUGACGUGUACAGAGUUGAGCAGGAAGAGUUCGUCCCGCCACUGGCUGGCGUGAAGAAGCAGCCACCAGAAGAUAUAGGACAUCAAGACUUGCUACCACAUAACCCGCAGCCCCAACAGGUAUCACAUAUGUUCCAGCUUGACCCAAGCGAGAUGCAGUUUCAGCACUGGCAUAUACAGUCGCAUUGA